AUGAUAAUCGCCAACAGGAGCAGCCGGUACCUCAUGUGCUCGGGUUCCAUACUGUCGAGCACCUUCAUCCUGACUUCCGCCUCCUGCAUUCACGAAAUUACCUACGUCAGACACAACAUCCGAGCACCGCUGGCUGUGCUGAUCGCGCCGUUCUCGGACGAUUCGCAGGUCAUCAAGAUCGUCGACUACUACAUCCAUCCGAACCACGUGGUGGAUCCCAGGAACGAGAGCCACCCGCGCCACAACCUCGUGGUGGCGAAGCUCGAGUGCAGCAUUUCGAGCGUGAAUUUUAAGAAGAUCGAGCUGCCGGACAAGCCCCUGGACAAAGAGUGCAUCAACGACAACUGCCACAUGGCCGUAAUCAAGCGAAGGGGUCAGUCUUACUUCUCGAUGUACCAGACCAGUGCGAGAUUCACCCAAAACUCAAAGAGGAAACGCAAACGAGCCAGCAUCGCGGGCGAAACAAAGAGAGCGUCGUCGUCGGGCUCUCGGGUUCUCGGAAAAAGAAGGGGAUUGGGGACCAACACGGCUUUCAGGAAUCGCGGGAGGACCAAGUCUAUCUCGGUGCGGGAGAGCACCGGAGUGCACGGCUGCGCCCAAACUGGCACGCCCGUCAUAUCCAACGGAACCGUCCAGGCAGCCCUGGUGGUGUCGGCCUGCGACGACCGGCACUCGGACACGCCGUGGCGUUACACCGACCUGUUCGACAACGUCGACUGGCUGACCGAGAUGUCGGACACGACGGACACCACGAGCGCGACUCCGCCGACCUCGACAGGCCCAGCCACGGGGUCUUGCAGCACCUGCAUCUACAACAUCAUCAUCGCGUACAACCCCAACGACAACGUCGACCACAACAACAACAGCGAUAACAACAACUGCAGUAGCGGUAGCGCGUGCGUCAAGAGCAUGCCGGACAUCAACGUACCCGGACUCGACCUGGCCAAGUGCAAGAAGAACGACACGGCCGAGGAGCCCACCACCACGAGCCCCGGGCCACCCGAGCUCCACCAGGCGUCCAAGGAGGCCUACUUCAAGGCCAUCAACAAGAUGUACCGCAACUCCAGCGACGACGACGUCAACGUGGACGUGGACGUGGCAACGACGGAAGCCAGCUCGGAGGUGCCGGUGAUGCAGUCCCAGUACUCCACGUACACGCCCAAGCGAGCGAGCCCGAACUCGAGCUCACCGCUGACGAGCGACUACGUCGACCAAGAGGACGUGACCACCGAGUCCCCCAAAAGCACCGUGGCCUUCGAAGCACCAGAUAAUCCCGACUUGGACGUGGGACUGGGCGGCCCGGCAGGGGAUCAGUUCAACCACGGUCCCGAACAGCACAGGGUCAGCAUCGGGGAGUACUUCCACGACAACAGGUACGAGGAGGCGGGCCUGCCCGGCGAGUACGCCGAGCUAUACAAGAGAUUCAAGGCCGAGAAGCGACGCUCGAAUCCCGAUAGCGGAAGCGCGCUAGGAGGUCUUUCGCGUGGUGCCCGGGCAGCCAUGCGGACACUCGAGGUGCUGCUGUUGCUCGUCACCGGCUCGAUUGGCAACUACCAUGGAGAAUCGGGUUCAAGGUCGAGGAGCGACUUCCGCCCGGUGGCGUCUGCUUGGGAGUACAUUGCCGACCACGGGCGCGAGGCCCUCGUCUCCGGGGGGAGACGGAGAAGGGAGAGGCCCUGGAUGGACGGCGACGUCGACAGGUCGGACAACUUUCUGAAGAUGCAUGCCUUCCUCGUCAGGGACGAGGUCAUACCCCCGUGCUUCGAGAAGGCCGACCAGUACUCAAAGAGGAGGUACUUUAUGUGCAGCGGGAUCGUACUGAAUGAGCGACUCGUCCUAACGUCCGCGUCGUGCAUCAACCGAGCCCAAAUAUACGAAUACCACGUGAACGCGGAGCUGGCCGUGCUGAUUGGAUCGUUGGACGAAGCGAGCAGCUACGUCAUCAAGAUCGAGGAUUUUAGGAUCCACCCCCGAUACGUCCCUGAUCCGUCAUCGGCGGACCACGCCAGGAACAACAUUGCCAUUCUGAUGCUCUCUUGCUCGAUACCAAGGAAAUCCCUCUUCGUCCCGAGUCUCCCGAGCGACGUGUACGGCGACAUUGGCCACGUGUGCUGUUCGAGCGGGUGCAGGUUGUUCACGGUCGUCGAAAACAUGAAUAACGAGUUGACGGUGGAGCCGAUGAACGUGAAGCACCUGCCGUCGCCUUCGCACGACAAAAACGUUGCCAACGCCAAGGAAUUCUUCUCAAAGUACUUUCAUAAAAAAAUCGCGAACGCGCGAGUCGACAGAGCUGUUGCUCGGGGAUCGUCACUUUUUGAUGUGUCGUCCGAGACUGCCGUUGUGGGCCCUUCGGCAACGAAAUUCGUGCACAAGCUGUACCCUCGGCAAUCGGAUGAUGCAACCACUCAAGCUUCGGUGGACAGUCAGAAUGAUACAAUGACCAAAGGGUCGGACUCGUCGGAUGGCGCGACGACGACGAGAGUGGAGGAGCCCCAGAAGACGCAAGACGUGGCAGCGACGACGGUAGGAACGCACGUGGGGCAAAAUUCGGAAGCAACGACGGAGGCGAGUUCGCAUGAUUCGAGCGUCGAUCACCCAAGGAAGUCGAUCGAUUGGAGCGAGAUAAAUCUAAACCUCAAGUAUGGAAACAUGACAGAUCCGAAUAAGGUGAAGCUCAGGAAUCUGGUUAAGCACUCGAUGAUCGACAUCAUGUCCAAGAUCUUGGACUCUAUGACCGAUCAGGUGUCAAACAUCCAGAGCACCUUUCAGGACAUCAAGCGAAUCGUCAAGAAAAACAUCACCGCGAACAACGCGACCGAAAUCAUCUUGGGCUACUCGGCGAAUCAAAUAUUAAAGAGUUCGCUAGAGGGAUUGGACAUUUCGAGCUUUGAUUUCAAGGAUGCCCAAGUUAUGCCUAUCAGCGAAGUUGACCCUCAAUUCAUAAAGAAGUACGUGUUUUGUCCUCCUCUGGGUUCACCGAUUGUAUCCAAUGACACAGUGGUUGGAUUGGUCGCGUACACGUGCGAUGAUUUGCAACGUUGGGUUCAGUGGCAGUACGUCGAUGUCAGUCGUAAUUUAGAUUUCAUUCAAGCAGCGAUGGAAAGUGAUCUGCAGUAAUAGACGGUUCGUCGUAGUUUGUCGUAAUUGAAUUAUUAUUAAAAAAAAGAAAGAAAAAAAAAAAUCGUGCUGUAUCCGUUUGAUGUAGACAUAUUUUAUUACAAACUU